UCGGGCCCGUCCAAGCCUCGGCUGACGGACAGCAGCGUCGUCAGGAGUCGGCCUGAUGGUACCACAAGACGAGCCCGGUUUCUGCGCUCCUUCUCACUGUCACGCCGGAAGACCGGCCAGGCCAGUGUGUGUGCCCAAGAGACGUCGAGGAAUCGGUCUUCAAGCCCUGGACGGCGGGUAGAUCCGCGAAAACAGGGUCGGACACUGCCUCCCGGUCACGAGGCGACCGGUGCCAGUGGCGACUCUGAAAAAGGCUGUCUACCCACCAACCGGUCUGAAGCAGGCAGGACCAGUGUUGCGGAUCAUCAACAUCCCCCGAAUGGGCAGAAUCCUCGGGCUCGGCUGACCACUACGUCUGCCUCCACGAUCGGCUGUUCACGCGAUCGGAUGCCAGCCAAUCGUCUGGAGCGACGUAACAAAAGAACGCCAACACCCGUCGCCGUGACGACCAACUUGGUGCCGCCUGUUAAGGCACCGAGUCCGGCCAGCCGAAAUCGUCUGUCCGACUUUUUUCUGGCCUGUCGUACAAAUUAUCGUGACCGGUUUCCCACCAACCGGAGGCAGGCCACUUUGAUGGGGACAGUGGUUGUCGAUGCUUUGUCGAGAGGUGCAAGUCAAUCAUGCGAGACUAAAGUCGGAUGUCGGUCGCCAUUCUCCUCUACAUUCUCACCAUCGCCGUCCACAUCGUCCGCCAUCGCGAGGACAGUCUCGAAUCUGCUGUCCGACGGUUCGUCUGGCUUCGCUCUUCCGUCGCAUUCCGUCCUUCUGUCGACGCCAAGAGACCGAUUUUCCACGGCCUUCUUCACCGGUUCCCCUGGCCUCCCGUCGAGAUCUUGCCCCACCGACUUUUCAGAGUAUAUCGGCCAUUCUGCCCACCUGGACAUGGCGACACUGACUCGGAUGCUGUCAGACGUGAGCGGAGAAUCUGCCUCCCGUCGGACACUUUCCGUCUGCCAGAAGCCUGCGGCCGAGACGGAGGCUUGUCCCUCCGUCCAGUAUGGCACCGUGUUUUAUCCACUCACCCCUCCGCAGGUCACGGACCAAACUGGCCCUUGGAAACCGGCCUGGCAACAGGCAGUCACACGCGCCGCCACCGCUGACUCAAGUGUCCUCCUUCCUUCAGGCCACCAGACUGGUCCGGGCCCUCUUGAAAUGCACCUGAUCCGAUCAGGCCAGGAUCGGUCGUUUAGACCGGCCAGCUAUCGGUCGGAACGCACCACAUCUCUCCUGUUUCCGUCCAACUCUGAACGCUUCCACUCCUCGAGCCAGAUCAAGGCAGCCAUCCCGACUGGACUGGCUCGAUUAGAGGUUGCCAGGAUGGAUCAUUCUGCUCAACACCUCGUCAGUCGCCGAAUGUCACGACUCGGAAGAGACCAGAUCUACUCCAACAAGACGACAGCAUGCCAACAACGCCCUCGCUCACGUAAGUCAGCCAGUUGCCCAGUUUAA